AUGCAACAACUCUUGUUCGACAACAACUAUGAGAGUGCAAAACUGCUGAAGACCAUGCACAAGAUGCAAAAGAAAUAUGAAGCCCUUAUUCAAAAUCUCAAAAAAAGUAUUUUAAAAACUGAAAACAAAACCCCCAAACUUUAUUUAAAGUUCCUGAAUUCUCAUCAUAUUUCUCUCUUUCAAGCGGUUUACGCAUCUCAAACCAUCAAUGUAUAUGAAAUUUUUUAUAUAGUUUGUUACUGUUGCAGAAGGUCUGCCUGUGAGGUUUUGGAUCCAAUUUGUGGAAUUGGGUUCAUUUUUUGUUUUGGAAGUUUGAUUAUCCUCAUUUGGUGGCGUGAAUAA